AUGUAUCCCGUCUCGGAUUGUGUCCCGUCGUUGUUCUUCCCGACGCGUACAGAGUACAUCUCUGAAUGUAUGGACAUAAUAUCAGGUAUCGACUUUGAACUAGAUGUUCACCUCUUUUUUUUUCUUCUUUCCAGUGGGUCAGUCGAGUCGAGUACUAACUACUAUACAGAGUACAGUUUGUACCGGUUGUACUCCACUCUGUACAUGUGCUUCUAUAGCAGUUCGUUAACUGCAUGUUCCCUGCCUAAGGUUCAAAAAGCGUUGUCAGAACUCAAAUCCACAGCGAGCGAAGUAAGUAAGGAUUUACAUAUGACUGAACAUUCAACUUGGACUGGUGACUGUGUGAACUAUGACGAUGAACUACGAACCUUACUCCGUCAUAAUCAUAAUAAUGAUGAUGAUCUACCUACGUGA